CUCAGCUCUUUUCUUCUCCCUCUGCAUCUCCACUCCGGCUUGCCUUGUCAUUUAUUUUCUGUGAGUUUUACACAUUUUAUUUAUAAAAAACAUAUGAAGAAAUUAACGUAGCUUUUAUUUCUUUGUUCCAGUGUUAUUAUCCACAGACCACAUAUGUGUGGUGUCGAAAUUGAAUUAUUCCUAUGGUUGCUGUGAUCUCCAAUUAGAUCCAUUCUCCGUAAACAUAGACUUAAAAAAUUCUUGAUAUAUUUUUUCAAAGUGGGUGUGUUUCGGAUAGAAUUCUAUUUGGAGGUUUUGUCACUAUUCCCUUCUUUUCUAGUUGUGCUAAACAUACCUUUGUAGGCAUCUUGAUGUCAUUGCUGUGAACCCUGUGGUUCUUCACAUUGCUCAAUUAAUCCUUGUGUUGGUGUUACUAUACUUGCCCCUGAUCUGGAAAAGUGCUAGAGAUAAACCUUGGCAGAUCCGUGAGUUGUUGAGAGUAAUGGCUUAUGCUGCCGUUAACUCUCUAAUUCAAACUUUGGAGCUAUUCCAGAGGACUUACCCAGCUAUGAUCAAUGGUCAAGUUGCUGAGAUGGUUGACUCCUUGCAUGCUAAUGCUGAGUAUUUCCAAAGAAUUCUUGAGAACACUAGCCAACAAGUAUAUGAAAAAAUCAAGGAUUUGGAGGGAGGGAUGAGAGCUGCGGUGCAACAUGCUGAAGAUUUGCUUGAAUCAAAUAUUGUUGGAAUUUUGAGAGAGCGGUACAAUCAACAAAAAGAGAAGAACAAUGGGGCCAAAUGGACUAUUCAAGAUGAAGCAAGGGUUCUACUUCAAGACUUGCCUCAAGCGAUAGACAAGAUUGAUGCAAUGAGGAAAGACUUGGCCAAGGUUAUUGAGAGUAGCACCUCCAAUGUCAAUGCCAAUGCCUAUGGCACUAGCACUAGUCAGGAUCAUUAUGUCAAACCAGGAGAUUCUUCGUCCCCAAAGCGUGAUUCUACUGUCCUUCUACAGGAAGCUACUGUGGGUUUGGAUAAUGCCUUGACAGAUAUUACUAAUCGUUUACUUGGAUCAGCUUUUGAGCGGGAAGUUAUUCCUAUUUUAGGGAUGGGUGGAUGUGGGAAAACAACGCUUGCCAAAAAAGCUCAAGAUGAUCUUUCAAUCAUGUCUCGUUUUGAUAUCCAAGUGUGGGUUACAAUAUCUCAGGAAUAUCACUUGAGAGAAGUACUGCUAAGCCUUGUAUGUUCUGUUGCGGGGAAUAAGUUUCAAGAUAUGAGUGACGACCAGUUAAUGGAGAAGGCAUAUAGAGCACUGAAGGGUCGGAAGUAUCUUAUUGUAAUUGAUGAUGUUUGGAGUACAAAAAUCUGGGAUGUGAUGGCAAGAAUUCUUCCCAAUGACAACAAUGGGAGUCGAAUCAUUUUGACUACGAGGCUUAAAGAUGUAGCUGAGUAUGUUAACUCUGAUAUUCCUCCUCAUGAAAUGAUGCCAUUGAGUUUAGAUGACAGCUGGAAGUUACUUUGCGAUAAGUUACUUAGUGAAGACCAUACUUGUCCUUCUGAAUUGGAGGAAAUCGGGAAGAAAAUAGUAGGAAAAUGUCAAGGACUCCCUUUAGCAAUUUUGGUGGUUGCAGGGCAUCUCUCAAAAGUUGGCAUGACGAAAGAAAGCUGGGCGAUUUGUAGCUAAAAAUGUGAAUAAAGUUGUUACUAGUUAUCCGGAUAAAUGCCUAGCAGUACUUGCUAUGAGUUACUAUCACCUGCCUAUUCACUUAAAACCUUGUUUCCUCCAUUUAGGAACAUUCCCCGAGGAUCAUGAGAUUGAUGCUUGGAGAUUGAUCCAAUUGUGGGUUGCAGAGGGGAUUCUAAAGAGUAAUAAGUUAAGAAGCCUGGAAGAAGUAGCACAGGAUUGUUUGGAGGAUCUGGCUAGUCGAAAUUUAGUAAUGGUCACAAGGAGGAAGCUCAAUGGUCAGAUCAAAAGAUGCGGUAUGCAUGAUCUGUUGCGGGAUCUGAGCGUGAGUGAAGCUGGAAAAGAAAAGUUUUUGAAUUUGAUUAGGAAUAUUAAUCGAGCUCCUAAUUUUCCAACACAUAAUUGUAAGGUUCCUCGGUUUAGUUUGCAUGCUCACUUCUCAUUGGAAAAGUUUUCAGACUCCUCACAGGAUGUGCGGUCCUUGUACAUUUUCAAGCAACUUCUUGGACCGACUGGAAGAACUGCAGAAUUCAAAGCUUUAAGAGUGUUGGUUUCCAUUCCUAGGCCUAUUUUCAAGUACCACCAUUGCUUAACAUCAGAUUCAGCUUUCUUGAGAUACCUUGAGAUUCGUAGAGGCAAUGAUCUCACUGAAUCACUUCCAUAUUUGUAUAAUCUGCAAACCUUUAUUUUCAAGCAUGAUAAAUUAAAAUGUGAUGCAGUUUUAACUUUACCUGACUAUAUCUGGAAUAUGAAGCAGUUGAGGUACAUCCAUAUUCAACAUUGCAUUCAUUUACCCAAUCCUCAAAGUAUUUCAAGCACCAAUGUGGAAGACAGUAGAAGUGAUUUGGGUCUCCAACAUCUACAGGAGUUUUCGCGUCUAUGUUUUGCUAGCUGUACAAAGGAGGUACUUUCUUGCCUUACUAAUCUAAAGAAGUUGAGGAUUGCCAAUAUACAAGAAGACAUCAAUGGUCUUGAGGGAACACCUGGCAGCCUAAUCAAUCUUGUCUACUUAAAGAAGCUUGAAUCGCUCUACCUGUCUUGUGAGAUGUGGGAGCUCUCGUCUCCCCUUGCGGACAGUUGUUCUUUCCCAAUAUCUCUUAAGAGGUUGACCAUAUUCAGUGGUAGGCUUUCGUGUGAAGACAUGACAGUUCUUGCAAAGUUGCCAAACCUCGAAGUGCUCAAACUCAGAUGGGUUGAAUUCAGGCCUUCAGUAUGGAAACUAAAUGAUGAAGAUCAGUUCAAGCAGCUAAAGUUUCUCCUACUUGUUGAUAACACAUAUAUAAAGCAGUGGGAGGCUAGCAGUGUUAACUUCCCAAAUCUUCGACGCCUGGUGCUCCAUCAAAUCAGGAAUCUGAAGCGAAUCCCUCUAGCCUUUGCAGAAAUCUGCACCUUGGAGUCAAUUGAGUUGUAUAUGUGCUCGCGGAAUCUUGAGAAAUCAGCAAGAGAAAUUCAAGAGGAAGUAUCUUCUGUUGCGGGGAACGAUUGCCUUCAUAUUGACAUCUAUAAUGAUUAUCACACUUAUAAAAGACGCGUUUGAAGCGCUUAAGCUUCCGUCAAGUAACAUGAAGCAAUAUCAGUCCCGAUGAUUUCACGUUAAAAUCAGAGUGGCUUCUCUCUAUGCUCUUCUUACUGCUAUAACAUUUUAGGGUUGUAGUAAUAGUACUGUUUUUCUCUCUUUCAUCCUUCUUUCUUUUCUAACGAUUUAACUCUCCUUUUGUUCUUUUGAAUAUUUCACGCUUCUUAUUUGUAGCCUAAAUCUCCUUAGACUUCAUUUUGAGAUGUACUAAUUUGUAGUAUUAAUCAGAGAUGCUAGCUAUUUUAAUGAACUCUCCUUUCCUUUUUUUGUUUUGUUUUUGAACUUUCCUUUUUCACUCUUUCUAUUUGUAGCUCCUUAGACUUCAACUUUGACAUGUACUAAGUAACUUUUAUUGAUCAGAUAUG